AUGGAGGGUCUCGUUGAUCUCCGAGUUCUUGUUUUGAGAGAUAACAGAUUCAGUGGUAGUAUGCUUCUACCCAUUGCUUAUGGUGAGAUAAGUAGUGAUGCUCCAUUUGCCAAGUUGCAAGUAAUUGAUAUAUCUCAAAAUGAAUUCAGUGGGCCCCUCCCAACUAGAUAUUUAACCACCUUCCCAGCCAUGAUCAAUGUCAUUGAAGAUGUUUCAGAAAAGAGUAACUGGUUCAGCAAGUAUGAGGAAUCAUUGGUGUUUGUUUUGAAAGGCACAAAUCAACCAUUGGUCAGAAUCUUGAAAUCCUUCACCACUAUUGACAUGUCUAGGAACAAAUUCUCGGGAAAGAUUCCGGAUUCCAUAGGGAAUCUUAAUUCACUCAAGUACUUGAAUAUGUCUCACAACAGUCUCACUGGGAAGAUACCAUCAUCCCUUGGAAGUAUAAAAGCACUGGAAUCAUUAGACCUGUCUUCAAACAGAAUGAGUGGUGAGAUUCCUAGGCAGCUGACGAUGUUGAAUUUUCUUUCUAAAUUAAAUCUUUCAGUGAAUGAUCUUGCUGGAGAGAUUCCUCAGUCUGGCGGACAGUUUCCUACAUUCGAUAACAGCUCCUUCAUUUUGAACUCGGGAUUAUGUGGAUUUCCUCUGACUAAAAAAUGCAAGCAAGAUCCCUCGACUCCUAAAGAAAGUGAGGGUUCUAAUUUUGUGGAUGGAUUUAGUUGGCGACCGGUGGUUUUGGGAUACGGAUGUGGUUUCGUCAUAGGAGUUUCGAUAGGGUUGGUUCGUAAUGGUAUAUGGAAAAUUUUCCGUAUUCAAUAGUGCAUCUAUAGGCUACACCAAUUUAUAUCUUUAUAUGUAUCACCUUUGCAUGUAAUAUAGGUAUAACUCAAUAAUUUGAACUUGUUUGAUUAUGUAA